AUGUCUCAGCCCACUACAUACAUCCAGAAUGUUGAAGUAGACGAUCAGUCCAUUAACAAUGUAACUAUUGGGGAGAAUGCUCAUCAGAAACACCCUAAAAAAAACCUUGAGCUUUUCUCAAAGCCCGAGAACGUCCAGCCAACCAUCAGCGAUGCAAGUACUAUCCCAAGACCCGCCAUUCCGCCAAUCACCCACUUCACAGAACCCACAGCCACAUACUGGCAAGACCUCCUCCCCUCAAACCACACCCCCCAAAACCCGCCCUAUCAAUACGGUUUCCCCGCCAAACUCCCCGAUUCACGUUUCCUAGUCCUCCCUAUUAGACCCCUGAAAGACAAUCCUAAGCAUGCGGUUGCCUCACUCCUAGUCAACCAAGCUUCUAUGGAAGUCGUAGAUAUACUAUCCGCUUUCCUUGCCGAUCUGGUGUGUCGUUUUGAGCCGGAUGUGAUUAUUGGACUUCCGACUUUGGGUCUUAGUCUUGCUCCGCUUGUUGCUAGGAAUUUGGGGUUAAAACGAUAUAUACCCCUAGGGUACUCCCGCAAAUUUUGGUACGACGAUGCGCUUUCCGCUUCAGUAUCAUCUAUCACGUCCCCAGAACUGGGGUUGAAGAAAGUAUAUCUGGAUCCGCAUCAGUUACCCUUGGUUCUGGGAAAACGAUGUGUGAUUAUUGAUGAUGCAGUAAGUUCUGGUGCAACACUGAAGACGACUUGGGAUUUGUUGGAGAAGAUUGGUUGUGAUAUUGUAGCUUGUGGGGUGGUGAUGAAACAAGGGAAUAGAUGGGAGCAGAAAAUUGGGCAAGAGAGAGUUGAUAAAUUGGUUUACGUGUUGGAGAGUCCGCUUUUGGAGGCUGUUGAUGAUGGAUGGGUAUUGAGGUCUUGA